ACAAACGAUGUAGCUAUGAUAAUUCUAAAAUUUACCGGUAGUUGGCGCAACGUUUUAAUAUUUGAGUUGUCUGAAAAUAUCAGAUGUAGCAGACAGCUCCGUGAAGCGGUGAGGGUCACAAGUAUGAUCCGUUCUUUAGCUUUCAAUCAAAAUUUACAGCAGGGACUGUUGUCCCUUGCUCGUAAUAAUGGAGCUGCUUUGGUAUAUCCUGCUGUUACAGGAAAUUUGGUUAAUCAAAUGAGUAGUACAGUUCAAAAACAUGAUGUAUCAUUACCAGAAAAACCUAAGAAGGAGCCAUACAGUCCUUUUCAAAAUACCACUAACACAAUUGAAUAUGCUUUAGCUCGAGUAGAUGAUCUCUUAAAUUGGGGCCGCAAGAAUUCAAUAUGGCCAAUGACAUUUGGUUUAGCGUGUUGCGCCGUAGAAAUGAUGCAUAUUGCAGCACCUCGUUAUGAUAUGGAUAGAUUCGGUGUUGUCUUCAGAGCAUCACCUAGACAAUCUGAUGUUAUAAUAGUUGCUGGUACAUUGACCAAUAAAAUGGCACCUGCUUUAAGAAAAAUCUAUGAUCAAAUGCCAGAACCAAGAUGGGUCAUUUCAAUGGGUAGCUGUGCGAAUGGAGGUGGAUAUUAUCAUUAUAGUUACUCGGUAGUCAGGGGAUGCGAUAGGAUCAUUCCUGUGGACAUAUACGUACCUGGUUGUCCCCCUACAGCCGAAGCAUUGUUAUAUGGAAUUUUGCAAUUGCAGAAAAAAAUUAAGAGGAUGAAGAUAACGCAAGAUUGGUACAGAAAGUAAUGUAAAAAAGAAUAGUACAACUGUAGUCAUAAAUAUAUAAGUUAUUACAAAUUGUAGGCUAGACGAUGAAUGAGUUAAAAAUUUCAGUAUAUUUAAAAUUUUACUGUAAUUGGAUCAAUUGUUAUCUUCUUUCUCUCAAAUGUAAUAAAUAUAUCUUUAUAUAUGUAAUAAAAAAGAAAAUACAAA